CGUCUUGAAUUUGAAUAUGUGACUUCUAGCCCAUUAGCUCGUGGGCAUCAGAGCUGCUCUUCUAACAUGCUCUCUGCUGAACCCGAGAACAUUAGCGUGUUGUUUCGGUACCAGUAACAUGGCAGCUCGUGGGAGACUGAAAAAGCAGAUCGGCAUAAUGCUCCCCUUCCAAGCCGCUCCGGGGCAGUUCGGGCCCGAGGUGAGACAGCGCGGGCUGCACUGCUGGCGGGUGGAGAAGCUGAAGGCAGUGCCGCUGGCUCAGUCUGAAGUCGGCGCUUUCUUUAACGGAGACUCUUACCUGGUUCUGCAGAACAGAGGAGACGAAGGAGCUGAUCUGCACAUGUGGAUCGGUGAGAAGUCAUCCCGUGAUGAGCAGGUCGCUUGUGCCGUCUUGGCCACACAGCUGGAUAACUUCCUGGGUGGCGACCCCGUCCAGCACAGACAGGUGCAGGGCUACGAGUCGCCCGAGUUCAUGAGCCUUUUCCCCCGCGGGAUUAGCUAUAAGGAAGGAGGAGUAGAGUCAGCUUUUAGGAAACAGACAUCUAGUGCUGGUCCUGUUCAGAGGUUGUAUCACAUUAAAGGGAAGAAGAACAUCAGGGCCAAGGAGGUGGAGCUGAACUGGUCCAGCUUUAAUAAAGGAGACUGCUUCAUCCUCGACCUGGGAGAAAUGAUCGUGUCGUGGGUCGGCUCUCAAGCCAAUAUAUUUGAGAAGCAGAAGGUGCAGGAGAUCGCCGCUCUCAUCAGAGACACAGAGAGACACGGCAAAGCGCAGAUCACUAAAGUCAACGAGGGAGAGGAGACACCCGAGAUGCUGAAGGUUCUUGGUCCGAUGCCGGUGCUUAAAGAGAGCAGUCCCGAAGAUGACAGCAAGGCAGACGCAUCGAACACGGCUUCUCUAUACAAGGUGUCAGAUGCGACAGGAUCGAUGAAGCUGACCAAAGUCUCUGAAAAGAGUCCGUUUGCCAAGGACCUGCUCGUACGUGACGACUGCUUCAUCUUGGACAACGGAGCCAACGGCAAGAUCUUUGUCUGGAAAGGCAGUGGUGCUAACGCGGAAGAGAAAAAAGCUGCUCUGAAGGUCGCAGAUGAUUUUAUACAGAAGAUGAACUACCCCAAGAUGAAAACACAGGUGGAGAUCAUACCGCAGGGCCGCGAGAACGUCAUCUUCAAGCAGUUCUUCCAAAACUGGAAUUAAGAUGUACAGAAUGAUUCCGUUCACUUAAGGGUACUGAAAAUAAACCUAAUGUCACAGUGACUCGGACAGUAUUUUGUAACUGGAAAAAAAAAAGUAAACAACUAAAUAAAAGUUAGCAUUUUUACUUACAGAUUUACAGAGAUAUAAUAGAAAUAUCUUUUAAAAAAAUUAUUGAACGUGUCUCUAUGUUUAGUGGACGUCUAGUCUGGAGAAGAGUUACUUUUUUUCCCCUUUUUUUUUUUUUUUUUACUUUUGCAAUUUUUUUUUCUCAUAAAUAAAACAAACUGCCAGUCAUUCAGGCCAAUUUGAUGUUAAACAAAGAUUUACAGAAUUUUUUUUUUUUGUAUACAUUUUGUUUGUUAAUACUCUGUUUACUCUGCUAAAUUGGCAGCAAAGCAAUAAAAACUCAAACCUU